AUACACACCAGAAACUCCAAAAUGAGCAGUCUUCGUAUUGUGUGUUUCAUUGUCUUUCUAUUUACAGUUUCUAGUGCUACCAUCUCCUCCUUGAGAUAUACCGCAAAACUGGAACUCGAUAACAAGAUGUCCAAUGAGGAACUUAUAGGACACCACGAAGCUCAAUCUUUAAGCGAGUGUGCUGCCACCUGUCAGAGAGAUCGCGGUUUCUUCGGGUACAACCCUACGCUGAAGAAGUGCCGGACCCACAAGAAAACGUUCACUACUGGAAUGUCGGACGACACCGGAUGGCGGUAUUACUUUCCAGCAUUUCUCCCUUCAGACUGUAAGGAACUUCGUGAUAAUGAUUAUGAUAAAUCGGACGUGUACGAUAUUUACCCAUACGGGACAAAGUCCAUUCCGGUCAAGGUUCACUGUAACAUGGAUAUAAUGGGCGGCGGGUGGACGGCAAUCCAAAAACGAUUCGAUGGGUCCGUGAGCUUUGACAGAAACUGGACAGACUACAAAAAUGGUUUUGGUGAACCGGAACAGGAAGUUUGGAUUGGAAAUGACUUGAUACAUCAAUUAACAAAAGAAAACACCUCAUCCCUGUAUGUGACCAUAACUCUACAGAAUGGUACAACGCUUUAUGAAAUGUACGGCGGUUUCUCUGUCUCCGACGAAGCAGGAAAAUAUCAAAUCUUUCUUGCAGGACCUGCCACGGGGACCUUAGGAGACAGUAUGUUAGCCACAGGUAAUCCUACUAGAGAUCUGUCUGGGAUGUUCUUCAGUACCCCAGGCAGGGAAAAUGACAGUUAUAGUGGUAACUGUGCUGGUUACAGUGACGCUAGAGGAGGCUGGUGGUUUAACUACUGCCACCAAGCCUUCCUUAACGGUCCCUGGUCCCCGGGGUCCUGGUUCAGACCAUGGUAUCCCACAGUAACGAGUGGGACAUCAGUGAAGGCGACCACCUUGAUGGUCAGACGUAACUAG